AUGGCUGAGGGGCUGGUCAUGCAGGUGGACCCUGUCUUCUCAAUCAGAGGGACCCACCUGAGCGGACAACUGGGCUCUCAGAACCAGGAUGGGGCCAAUGUGAGGAGUGAGUACUGUCCAGAGCUGCUGAUGAGACGAGGAGGCGAGUUGAGCUUUGAGGAGCUGCGAGCUGAAAGAUACUUUCAGAUCAAAGACAGAGAGAUAGAUGAGAAAAUGAAACACGUGAAGAAGACGAGGAAGCAGCUGUCGCAGGUGCUGGAGGAGAAGGACAGACUGUACCUGUUUUUGAGGAGCCAGAUGCAGGUGCCUUGUGAAGCCUCCAGCUCUCAUACCAGUGACUGCGGCAGACCUCCAGCUGCUGCCUCCUUCCAGAUCCAUGUUGAGGACCCAUCCCAGCCUGCUCCAGGUCCAGGUGCUUUGGUUCCAUCUGGAGUCUCUCAGCAGAGCUGCGCACAGACCAGCCCUGUGAUCCAGUUUGGACUCUGCUCAGCUUCUGAAGCAAAUCAUCAUGAAUGGAUGACUGAGGACCAGACUCCGGCUCACUCUCACCCUCCGUCUAUCCCUGAGAGACCAGGGUCCAAAAUCCCAGUGCUGAGUCCCAUUGAGGAAACCAGUCUGUCUGCUGGAAACCACAGUUCUCUGGAAGACUACCAGGACCUGGAGGUCCGUGGUGCAUCUCCAGGCUGUGCACUGACUGCUGGAGCUUCUGUGGAUCCAUGUGAUCCCGAUGUGCGGUCGCAGCUUCUGGAGCUCUGUGAUGUUGCUUCCUCUCCCGACCUUCACUCGGAGGGUGGCCACCUCCCGGCUUUGGAGGAAAGCAGCUGUGUGCAGCUGGGGGGCAACAUCUACGUGAGCUUGUCCAAAGUGGUGGAUAGAGGAAACUUCUGUGUUUACAAAGGAGUUAAAGAUACUGACAACGUGCUCAUUAAGGUGGACAGCUGCUCUGUUCCCUGGGACUUCCAUCAGUUCAGUCGCCUGAAAAAGAGCUUGCCCAAAGCCAACGACCUCCCUCAGGUCAGCUGCUUUGUGUUCUUGGACGGCUGCAUCACAGUCUACACCGGCCUUCUGGAUCACGUGUUUACAGAGCGGAGCGAGUGUGAACCCAGUGAUUUGACUGUGGUCCCCCGAGCCAUCGGUCUGCUGCAGAUGGUGUCGCAGCUGCACUCCAGCAGGCUGCUGCACGCCGCGCUGCAGCCGCACACUCUUGCCUGUUUUUACAGUGGGGUCGGCAGAUUGGUGGUCUUCCCAGUAGACUGGUCCUUCUCUGUGGACCUGGACCUCCAGCACAAUGUCACAUCAGCCCAGCAGCUCCCUUCAGCCCUGUCCUACAUCAGACUGGGUCUCCUGGACCCGACGGCUUCCCCACAGCUGGUGGACUUGGUAGGUGUGGCUGAGACGGUCCAUCUUCUCCUGACCAACAGUAAGAUGCUGCCGGUGAAGGACGACCAAGGCUGGACAGCAGAGCAGUUCAGUGGACGUGAACACUGCGACAGGUAUUCCAGGAUGUGGCAGACGUUUUUCCGGGCGUUGUUGAACGUGGAUGGUCCUUCGUCACAGUCAGUCGUGUCGGUGCUGAUAGAGCAGAUGUUGGCACUUUACCACUAAAACCUUAAGAUGUUUGUGUUGUCUGUCCCCUUUCUUAAUCACACAAAGUGGAAUUAAAAGCUGUUGUCAAUAA